CGAUGGGAGGAGGAAGCCAUCUUGUUUUAUUUGCAAGUCUGGAAUAUGGAAGUAGCCUAUGAGUGGACCUUUUUUAGAUCGGCAAUGUAACGCCAGAUUCAGUUUCUAUGAUAACCUCCAGUAACUGUCCUAUUUAGUAAACGGAGUCCCAGUCCCCGGUAGUGACUCCAGGCCACGGAGAAAGGGUUGGCUUAUCUGAUUUCUGUGUAGAGCAGCUAAGAUGAAUGGAGGAUAAAUGUUGCUGAAGGCGAACCGCAGCAGUUUCGCUCUUCUCCUAUCCCUUUUCGCCCUGACCCUCACAGACCCGCCACAGACAGGUUCACGUCUGGCUUUGGCAGGACUAUCAGAGCUGCGCUGCGGGACGGGGCAGUUCUCCUGCCACAGUGGGAAGGUGCAGUGCAUUCCCCAGGCCUGGCAGUGCGACGGCUGGGCCGCCUGUGAGGACAAGAGCGAUGAGAGGGACUGUCCCCCUCUGAAGGAAGAAAGGUAUCGCUAUGGUAACGGGUUUGACCAAUUGGAGGAGGUGAUGGGUGUGGCCCAGCCCAUGCGUUUCAACAAAAAAUGCCCCAACGCCUGGCAUCACUAUGAGAAGACGGCUAGCUGCUAUAAGGUGUACCUGCGGAACGAGAACUACUGGCAGGCGGUGGACACCUGUCAGAAGGUCAACGGAUCCCUGGCCACCUUCGUUACAAACGAAGAGCUGCAGUUCAUCCUCAAGAUCCAGGUGGACUUCGACGACAACGUGUGUGAGAGAAAGGACCAAUGCAAGUUCUGGGUCGGGUACCAGUAUGUGAUCAGCAGUCAGAACCACACGCUGGAGGGCCGCUGGGAGGUGGCAAAUAAAGGCUCCAUGCAGGUGUUCCUGCCCCCGGAGGGGCUGACGCGGUUCGGGGAGGGGGCGGCCACGCCCAGCCAGGACAGCGUGUUCUGUGCCCAGCUGCAGCGCUUCCACAUGGGCAGCAUGAACGAGCGCGGUCUGCACAGCUGGCACGCCGACAACUGCUACAAGAAGUUCCCCUUCCUGUGCAAGCGCCGGCAGACGUGCGUGGACAUCAAGGACAACGUGGUGAGCGAGGGCUUCUACUUCACGCCCAAGGGGGACGACCCGUGCCUGAGCUGCACGUGUCACGCGGGCGAGCCGGAGAUGUGCGUGGCGGCGCUCUGCGAGCGGCCCCAGGGCUGCCAGCACUUCCGCAAGGACCCCAAGCAGUGCUGCAAGUUCACCUGCCUGGACCCCGAUGGGAGCAGUCUGUUUGACUCCAUGGCGAGUGGGAUGCGAUUGAUCGUCAGCUGCAUCUCCUCCUUCCUCAUCCUCUCCCUCCUGCUCUUCAUGGUGCAUCGUCUGCGGCAGCGCCGGAGGGAACGCAUUGAGACGCUCAUCGGAGGCAACCUGCAUCAUUUUAACCUGGGACGUAGAGUUCCUGGGUUCGAUUACGCACCGGAUGCGUUUGGGACAGGCCUGACCCCACUGCACCUCUCUGACGACGGGGAGGGGGGUGCAUUUCAUUUCCAGGAGCCCCCCCCGCCCUACUACAAAUACCCAGACAUCCCCCCACCCCCCUACGAGGCAUCAAUCAACCCCAACAGCGCCCUCUACCUGCAGCUCGGGCGGGACGUUCCUCCGCCGCCCAAUGGCAGCCAGCCGGAGGCGGAGCCCGGGGAGCCCCAGCAGGAAGUCCCCGCCUCCGGCCCCGCCCCCGGGGAGCACCGCCCCUCGCAGCAGCGCGAGGACUCCAUCGACAGCAGCACCCUGCUGGUGGGGCCGGACACGCCCACCGAUGGCGACGCCGCGGGCGCCGCGGCGACAGACCGCCCCGGCAACGGCACGCUCAGCACGGCGGUGUAGGGCGGUGUGCAGGGCGACUCGGGUUCGAUCGACAGCACAACUCUGCUCCCAUCGCUGGACACUAAGACGGGUCUGCGGAGGAUUUUACAUUUAAGUUUCUUUCAAAAAAUAAAAGAAUAAAAAACAGAACAAAGACCUGAAACGGAUUUUACCCGCCGCGGUUUGGACUUUAGCUCUUCCGACGCGUCGCUCCGUUACACUCAGUUCUGUCCCCAUCUCAGCGUUCCAACACAGUGGCUCAAACGCAGGCUUUACCGAAUCCACUUUCGCUGACUGUGCUCAUAUGGCUAACGUACCAUUGGUCAAGGGUCAGGGGUCAGAGUCUGGCUUUCAUAUGGACUCAUUUGCCAAGGUGUGCGGAGCUCAAACUCGUGUGUGUAUGUGUGUGUGAGAGAAUCAGAGAGCGUGCAUGCAUGUGUGCGUAGGGGUGGGGACUUCUGUAACGUAGGUGUUCAGGCAUCAUGGAAGAGGAGCAUCGUUAUUUCUCUUAAAAUGUCUUGUGUGAGAUGUCAAGUAGAUUUUAUUAGUCUUUGCCAUAACAUCUGUGUGUGUGUGUGUGUGUGUGUGUAUAAAUGUGUGUGUAUAUAUGUAUGUAUAUGUACCCACUCUUACAUGUACAUACAUAGACUCACACACACACACAAAUGCACACUUAUGGAAAACUGCUAAUUCUCUGCAGGUCAUCUGUGGUGCAUUACCAAUUAGAGAAUUUUACAAUUAUGUGUUUGUAUUUUUAAAAUGAGUAUAUAAUCAAGAAAGGAACACCACACCAUUAACUUCUGCUGCUGUACUGCUGUCAGACUGAACACCAUUGAGUUAAUGCACUCUGUGUACAGUGUGAGACUGAACACUGCAGAGUUUAUGUGCUCAGGGUAGCAGUGUGAGACUGAACACUGCAGAGUUAAUGCACUCUGUGUACAGUGUGAGACUGAACACUGCAGAGUUAAUGUGCUCAGGGUAGCAGUGUGAGACUAAGCACUGCAGCGUUAGUUGUGGUCAGUGGGAGUCUGAAUACUAUCAUUUCUAGCUCAUUAACUCCUGCAAGACAGAAAACUUGAUUUUGUGACACUAAUGAGCACUCUGCAUGUCCAGCCUCUGGGGUCAAAGGUCAGAGGUCAUAGGUCUGCAGAAGAGCUGUGUCCUGUGAGCGGACCGGUGAAGUUCAGUCCUGAGUGGGAUAAGCGGGUAAAAUGUGUUGCUCUGUAGAAGCUGGCCUCAGCGCCGGGUCAAAGCCAACACGGCACCUUCUCUGGCCCUCCUCCCUCUGGGAUUGCUUCCGUUCAACUGUUUUUUUAUUUGUGAUCCCCCCCCCCCCCCCACAUUGACAAUCUUGUGUAGAAAAUCCACGCGCUCGCGUAGUAAUAAAAUAAACUAUUUACGGCGCUCAAAUGAAACGUGUAGCUGUACACAGUCAGUGGCUGGUGCGAGGCGAUGCUAAAGUAAAUGGCUGUGCAUUCAUGGCCCCGCGGGACACAGGAACACAGAGCUGAUGUUCUCUACCGCUACCAACGACGCCUUCGUGUUCGGCUCAUUCCGCUCAAGGUGUGCACAGCAAUGUUUUCCCCUACAUCAACGACUGCUACCUGCGCGCGAAUGCGUGUGUGUGUGCAUAUACCUGUGGGUGUGUAUAUACCUGUAGGUGUGUACGGGUUUACAGGUAUUGUUCGUUUCCAGAUGGAUUCCUUACAUGCAUGUUUUAUGAUUCGGGCAUGUGGAGAGAAUGUUUUUUUUUUCGUUUUUUUUAAAAAAUCACAUUAGCAUAAAGACUGUCCUGCUGUCGGCAGACUCUCCCCAAACUGAAACUUCAGAAAACGUUUUCCUUUCAUUUGUGAAUUAACGGGCGCCGUGCUGUUUUAAAAUAUUGUAGUCGGAUUAUGUAGAAUGAGUAUGGAUUUUUUUGUUGUUGUUGUCUUCAAGUCCUUGUGAAUUUAUUUUAGUUUUAUUGAUUGUUUUUUUCUUUUUUUUUUUUUCUUUUCCUGUUAUUUUAAUUAUUUCGUUAAAAUUCUUUCUGGGGACAGGUAUUGAGGUUUUCUUGCGAAGGACCUGUACGUGUAAUUUACGCCAAAUAAAGCAACAUGAAGGAAGGAA